UUUGUUUUUCGGGGCUCUUGAGCCAGAUUGAGAUAAGAUUUGGCUUUUGGUUUAAAAACGCGUGGUCCGGCAAUUGCAAAGUCACUUGUCCACACCAACUCCCAGGAUGGUUCGAUCUGUGCUGGUUCUCGCCCUCUGCCUGGCCGUUGCCAAUGGCCAAGGCGCCUUCCGCCUGGCAAACUACUACCAAAACGAUAUGGUUCUGCAAAUGGAGCCAAAGAGCGCCGUCGUUUGGGGAUUCGGCGACGUUGGUGCGUCGAUCGAAGUCAAUUACGACAACAACCAGGUCGUUACAAGUGUCGCCGCCGAUGGUACUUGGAAAGCCAAGCUUUUGCCUCACGCUGCUGGAGGUCCUUUUGAUUUCCAAGUCAUCCAGAAUGGCGUGGACACUAUCAAUUUUUCUGCGUGGUUUGGAGAUGUGUGGGUUUGCAGUGGUCAAAGCAACAUGGAAAUGCCCAUCAUCCAAAUCUACAAUGCUACUGAAGAGACCAACAACGCCCUCAGGUACCAGAACAUCCGCCUGCUGCAGCUCGGAAAGUCCUUCUCCAUUGACACUGAAUUGAGUGAGGUCACCAGCUUUAACGUCGGCUGGAGUGCGCCUACCGCCAGCAAUGUUCCUGGCUUCUCUGCCCUUUGCCUUUUGUACGGCGAGCGCAUUUCUGAAGCUCUCGGAAACACUCGGCCCAUCGGCCUGAUCGACUCCACCUGGGGUGGAACUCGCAUUGAGGCCUGGUUCUCCAAGAGAGUGCCCGUGUAUUGCCUCACUCCUGCCAAUGAUGGCGUUGACCAAAACUCUGAAUCUGCUCUCUGGAACGCCAUGAUUGCUCCUUUGACGAAGACCUCUGUCCGUGGAGCAAUUUGGUACCAGGGCGAGAACAAUGUCGGCAACAACCCCACAUACUACUCUUGCCACAUUGCGGCUUUGGUCAGAGACUGGAAGCUAACUUUUGUUGAUGGACAAGUUGGAGCUGAAAAUGACGUAGCUUUUCCCUUUGGCGUUGUCCAGAUUGGGCCUUAUGAAGCAGGAGAUAACUAUGAUUGGGGCAAACUUCGUUUCCACCAGACUGCUGACCAAGGCGUUUUGCCCAACCCUUUGCUGGCCGACGCUUUCUUUGCUGCCGCUUAUGAUCUGACUGACCGCAAUGCGCCCACAGGAGACAUCCACCCCAGAGACAAACAGACCGUCGCUGACCGUUUGUCCAAUGCUGCUCGCAAACUCAUUUACGGUGAAGAUUUGCAGGCUUACGGACCUAGGCCCAUUGAUUCUGCUGUGAGCGCGCCUGGGGAGAUCACCAUCACUUUUGAUAGGAACAUCAGGGUUUCAGGCACCACUGGAUUUGCUACCCAAAAUUCUGCUGGAGCUUGGGUGCCGACUAGCAUCGUCGCCAGCACUGGAAACACUGUGACUGUUGCUGUCGCUGCUGAUGACGUCCUUUUGACCUACGCCUACAGGUCAACUGUAUGCGAGUACAAGCAGUGCUCAAUUUACUCUGACGACGCCGCGGAUCUGCCAGCACAACCCUGGCAGUGGGAUCUGGCUUAAAAGUUUUAUGAAUAGUAACGCUCUCUGUAUAACUAUCAUCUACUGUACGCAAAAAUAAAUGAAGUGUUUUUGAGACUGGUAUGAAUAAA